GCCACGCUGAUGCGUGGCAGCAAUUAUACUUGUUACGAAUUCUGCUCAAGUACUUUGAAUUACCAGAAGUUUUAUAAAGCUAUGUCAAUACACGUAAAUGUCGGCAAAGAAAAUGCACCUUUAGCGAACAAAUCAAUAAAUAUUCUAUCACUACUAGACGAUGCGGUGCAAGCCAUUUUAGCUCUGAAAAUCACGCUGGAUGAAAAAGCAUCGUCUGUGUUUGAUGAAAGGCGAUCGUUUGAAACAACGAGGAAAAAGCUGGAUGGUGUUCAUUUUAAAAAAAACAUUCGUCUAAAUGUUGGUGGUCAGGUUUUUAAGACGUCAAUUGAGACCUUACUAAAGGAUCCAGACAGUAUGUUGGCGGCCAUGUUUUCAGAGAGAUUUAAUGUGAAGCCAGAUGAAGAAGAUGGAGCAUAUUUCAUUGAUCGAGACGGUACGCAUUUCAGAUACAUCCUGAACUAUCUAAGGACUGGAAAGCUGAUUUAUCCUAAAACGAACAAGAUUUUAGCAAAAGAGUUGUACCUUGAGGCUGAAUUUUAUCAGAUUAAUGGAUUAAAGAGAGAAAUUUGGCCUGGUGUGUCAUUUUUAGGGUCAAGUUUCAUCAUUCACAGCUUAACUGAUGAGCAGAAGUGUGCACUGUUGUCAUGGCUACCUGAGUACGACGUCCUAUUGGACUGGGUGCAACUUUUUAGCAACGUCAAGAAUGGAUGGAGCUCUUCAGAGUUUCAUCGGACUUGUGACAAUAAAGGACCCACUGUUGUCUUAGCCAAAGCUGGUGACUACAUAUUUGGUGCAUACGCUUCAAGUUCUUGGGUUUCAGUUUGUAACAACGCCUUUGUCAAAGAUGAAAGUUCGUUUCUUUUUAAUCUUUCAAAUCCAAAUGGCGCACCUCCGACCAAACUCUCUAAUGCGAACAAUGACUGGGGAAUGUGGAUGUAUAGCUCAUGUGGACCAUUAUUUGGAAGUCAUUCAAGUUGUAGUAUUUUAUUUAUGAAUAGCAGUAACUCCUCAAUUUGUUGUGUGACUAACGGAAUUGGCGAAUUUAAUAUUCCUAGUGGUCAAACAUUGUCUGCAGUUUUGGCUGGUGCUACCUCCACUAUAAGCAUGAACAAUUUAGAAGUUUUUGGUUUGUCCAAUAUAUGAAACAAUGUUAUAUACCAGCUAUGCUAGGAAUUAUUUUUGUUAUGCUACAGCUACAGACAUAAUUUAAUUCUCCUUGCCAUUGCUCAAUACAAAAAUACAACUAUAGUAAUGAUUUCAUGCAAUGAUAUAUUUGUUCUGAACUAAUCUUUUUACGUAAAGUAUUCUGAACUCUUUUUAAGAUUAAAGUUGAUGUAUAAGCCA